AUGACUACUUCUUUUAACGAAAUGACCGACGGUGAAAACCGUCAAACUAUUGAUAAAAUAGUACACAACUUCAUCUCUCAGCGCGAUGAGAAAAGUCUGAACCCUCUUAGACUUGCCAGUCUCUCUGUUUCCGAAUUCUCAACCGAAUUGGCGAACCAUUUAUCCACAAUAAAUGAGGGUGGCAGUAUUGCCCUUGGCCGUGGAGAAAAUUUGGCCAGCAUCAGCCUAAGCAAGAGCUUAGAGAGCCUUUUCUCAACCUCAACACCACGCGUGACGGAAGGGCCGCCGUUGACUUGGACGAAGCUUGUGCUUUUCACAAGUUCAAAUUUUGAGGGCCCAACGCAGCUUAAGGUUGGCAAUUCUAGCGUCGAGCUGCCCGAGUACGACCUCAAACUCUUACGCUCUGGUCGGCCUUGGCGGUUUCUCUCCCCUUGGCCAGAUAGAGACGAUUGCACGAAGGAGCUUCAGUCAAGCGAGACUGCACUGCAGGAGCUUUCCAAUGCUCGGAAAGUAAUAGACGAGGUCUUGGCACAAAUCUCAAUUGUUGAACAACGUCUCCGGAAUCAUCACGGUUUAGUGACUCAACUCUUUGAGAGUAGGGACCACGCCACCCACCAAGGUAAAAAUUCAACCUGUGACGGUGCUCAGCCUUUUGUUCCAACCCAAGGAGCUUUUAGCCCAGAGCCUUUGGCAGAAGAUGAAAGCCCAAGUUACCAAGAUUCACCAACCAUCCCUGCACCUAUCCAUUAUGCUAGCAAAGCCGGAUCGGCCCAGCCAGUUAACGAAGAUCCGAAUGAUCAAACUCCGUCAGAAGAUGCCACUGUAGGGAAUCCUACUCAACGCGAUGACUUUGGGCAUGUAGACGACACAAGACCGGAGUCCAGAUUACACACAUCUGACUUUAUUCAAAAUCUAAGCGAGUAA